AAAAUCCGAGUGAGGAGAAAAGUGCCACGACUCCAGAGAGUUAGCAGCACAAGCCCGAGCCGGCUCAGUGAGUGAGACAGAAGCGCAGCUCCCACUGGGUGACAUUGUGCAGCCGCAUCCCCAUCAGCCUAGCGUUCCCCUACACUCCCUCAGUGUAUAGACAUUAAAGUGAAAAACCAAAGAUGGAUUUGUACGAUCCACAAACCUUGGGCGUCAUGGUGUUUGGUGGCUUUAUGUUGGUUUCUGCUCUUGGAAUCUUUCUUGUGUCAACCUUUUCAAUGAAAGAGACAUCCUAUGAAGAAGCAUUGGCCAAGCAGCGCAAAGAAACUGAGAAGAACCAGCCCAAAGUUGAUAAGAAGAAGAAAGAAAAGCUCCCAGUUCAAAAAGGAAAAGCUAAAAAGAAGGAUGAAAAGCCCAAUGGAAAAAUACCUGAACAUGAAUCUAACCAGGAACCUACAGACCCAAAAAAAGCUGAAUCUGGACAUGAGCUAAUUCUGGAGAAGACACCAGUGCCUGUUGUACCAGUUGUACCUGUGGAAGUUCCAAUUGUGCCUGUGGUAGCACCAGUUCCUAAGAAAUCUGCUCCAGGUUCUGUAAAAUCUGCUCCAGUUUCCGAAAAACCUGCUCCCGUUUCUCAAAAGCCUGCUCCCGUUUCCCAAAAGCCUGCUCCGGUUUCCCAAAAGCCUGCUCCGGUUUCUCAAAAGCCUGCUCCGGUUUCCCAAAAGCCUGCUCCGGUUUCCCAAAAGCCUGCUCCGGUUUCCCAAAAGCCUGCUCCGGUUUCCCAAAAGCCUGCUCCGGUUUCUCAAAAGCCUGCUCCCGUUUCUCAAAAGCCUGCUCCCGUUCCCGAAAAGCCCGCUCCUGCUUCCGAAAAGCCUGCUCCAGUUCAAGAAAAAUCUGCUCCAUCUCCUAAAGACAAAAAGAAAAAGCCGGAAAAGAAGGUCCUUAAGGUUGAACCAUCUCCAAGUCCAGCUGUAACUUUCACCCAGGCUGUGUCCUCUAAGCAUGUGCCAGUGUUAGAUGCACCUAUCAAAGAAGUGCCUGUCGUUGCAGUAUCUCCUGUUGGAUCUCAGCCUGCAUCCUCCACUCAACCCCCUAAAAAAGCUGAAGCCAUAGUUAAUCAAGAAGACUCCAAACAGGAGAAUGUGCCAAAGAAAAAGAGUGCUCCUAAGAAAAAAACUGAACCAAGUGCAGAGGAAUGUGAAGGUGCAGUUUAUAUUCCAUACAAGACCCUGGUUCCUACCAUCCAAUCAAUGUGUUUCAGCAAAGGAGAAGCUCAGAAGCUGAUUGAAAUACUGGCAGAAAAAUAUGGCAUCAUGCAGGAUACUUGGCAAACGGCAACUCAAAAAGGAGAUCCAGUGGCAGCUCUUAAACGGGUGGUGGAGGAGAAGGAGAAGUUACUGUUGGCCCAGCAUGAAAAGACCAACUCUUAUAAGGAAAAGUUCAUGGAAGUUAACAAGGAACUGCAGAGUGAGAAGUCCAGGGCUAAAACGGAGCAGACCAAAUUUAAGGAGCAGCUGGUGACUCGCGAACAGGAGAUCAAUGCAUUGCAAGCACGCAUGCAGGCCAGCUAUCAGGACCAUGUAAAUGAGACUCAGCAGCUGCAAACCAAGGUUCGGUCCCUGCAAGAGGAAAUAGAGAAUGGCCCCAAGGCACAGCUUACUCGCCUGCAGCAGGAGAAUUCUAUCCUUAGGGAUGCCUUAAACCAGGCCACAAGCCAGACAGAGAGCAAACAAAAUGCUGAGUUGGCAAAACUGCGUCAAGAGUGCAGCAAACUCUCUAAGGAACUUAGUGACAAGUCUGAGUCCUUGCAGCAAGAGGAACAACGUAGAAAGUCCCUUGAUGGUAAAGUAGUGACAUACGAGAAGCAGAUCACUCAGCUGCAGACAUUACAGCAGGAGGGUGAAACCACAUUACAAAAGAGAUUAGAUGAAGUUAAUGAAGAACUGCGCAAGUCUCAGAGCACUUACCAGAACCUACUGGCAGACACAGAAAAGGCCAAGGCAGAACAGAAGAACCAUGCAGAUCUUCAAACUAAACUGCAGUCCUAUGAAGCAGAAAGCAAGCAGAAAUCAGAAGAGCUGGAUAAAUUGAACAAACAGCUUCAAGGGGUUUCAGGAGAAAAUUCCCAGCUUAUGGAAAGGAUAAAAUCCAUAGAGGCACUGCUGGAGGCAGGACAGAAUAAAGACACUGAUAAAGAAAAGCAGCAGCAGGAAGUAAGAGAAGCUGAAACUGCACAACUACAAAUCAGGCUUCAAGAAAAAGAUUCACAUAUUGCAUCUCUAGAAAAGGAAACUUCUGAAUUAAAAGAAGCGGUUGAACAACAGAAAAAUAAAAAUAAUGAUUUAAGGGAGAAGAAUUGGCAAGCCAUGGAAGCACUGGGCUUGUCAGAAAAGACCAGUGAGGAGAAGCUGAACUCUGAAAAGAAGGCAAAGGAAGAAAUGGUACAACAACUCAAUGCAGUACAGAUACAGACAAAAGAAACGCUGCAGUUACUAUAUCCACAGAUCACUAUUGAGCCACAACAGUCAUAUAGUGAGUGGUUACAGGAGUUCAGACAGAGGACGACAGAAUUUCUCAACCAGCCAACAGAGAAAGACGGUUCUUCGGAAUCACAGCUUAAAUUAAAAGAAGCAGAAGAUACACAGAGUGCUCUACAGACUGAAUGUGAGCAGUACAGAACCAUCCUUGGAGAAACAGAAGCAAUGCUUAAAGCUCUUCAGAAGAGUGUUGAAGAAGAGGAGCAAGUAUGGAAGGCAAAAUUAGCAGCAUCAGAGGAAGAUCUCACAAAGUCACAUUCCCAGGUGAAAACACUAGAAGAAACUGUGGAAAAAUUAAGGUCAGAUCUUCAAAGCACAGAACAGCUAAAAGAGUGUAUAUCUCUGAUGGAGGCACAGCUGGAGACCCAGAUGAAUGCAAAAAGUACAGAAUGCCAGACUUACUCAAACGAAAUAGAGAGUUUGCAGCAGCUUUUAUCAGAAUCUCAGGAACACCUAAAUGCUACCAAAGCUGAAGCAAGGAAGCAAAGCGUAGAACUCUCUGUGCUCCGGCAACAACUUAGUGAAAUGCAAAAUCAUGUAAAUGAUACUGAACACCAGACUUCAAAGAUCAUGGAAGUACCAAUGGUAAAUCUUGAGAGCACUUUAGCAGAAACACAAGAGCAGAAAUCAGUGCGCAGUUUGCAGGAAGAACUGGAAAAGUUAAAAUCUACAGAGGAGCCUGACACAGAAGAAGUGCAACAGAUCAAGGAAAGACUUGAGAAGGAAAAAAAACUAACACGGGACUUAGGUCAAGCGUCUACCAAACUGUUAAAGCUUUUGAAGGCCUCUCAGGAAGAACUAACUAAGGAAAAAGAGCGUAAUAAAGUCCUGAAAACACAACUUCACCAGACGGGAGAAGAAAAUGAUUCCAACAAUGGAACAUCGGUUUGACCCAUGAAUUCUUCCUCUAUUACCCAAAUGCCUUAAACAUUCCUUUCUUGAAAUUAAAAUAGUAAUAACAUUCUAGUGAGCCAAAACACUUCAGAAACACAAGUGAGAAGUAACGUUAUAUACUUUUUUAUAUGAACAAAGUACUUUACAUAUUAAAUAAAAAAAAAACCAGACCAAAAGAGCACAAGAAUCUGUGUGAGCAAGCCAAUUCCACUAACCCACUCCUCUAGCCUACGGAGAGCAGGGAGCGUGGGUGUUAUGCAAAGGGAAAGACUCUAUGCUGUGUACAGGAAACAGUGCAAUUUCUUUAUUGUUUGUCUUUUGAGUGAUGAUGGAUGAACGGAAGCCAAGAAGUGAUUAUGAAGAUGCCUAAUGUAUUGGAACUGGUCUCCAGUAUAAAACCAUGUGAAUUGUUAAGAUUCCAAAAUGCCAUUAAAAUGAAGAUGUGUCCAAAUGGAAUAAAUGUA